UAUAGCUUCGUGGCCCGCGCGCGCGCUUCUCUCCGGCGCGGGCACCGGCGCGGGCCAUGGCUUCAUCCUCUCUGUUAUCCUCGUUGGCUGUGCGGUUGCUGCGCUCCGCGCACGGCUGCCACCCGCGCCUGCAGCCCUUCCACCUGGCGUCAGUGCGAAACGAAGCUGUUGUCAUUUCUGGAAGGAAACUGGCUCAGCAGAUCAAGCAAGAAGUGCGGCAGGAGGUGGAAGAGUGGGUGGCCUCAGGCAACAAGCGGCCACACCUCAGUGUCAUUUUGGUCGGUGACAAUCCUGCCAGUCACUCCUAUGUUCUCAACAAAACCAGGGCAGCGGCUGAAGUGGGAAUCAACAGCGAGACAAUUGUGAAGCCAGCCUCAGUUUCAGAGGAAGAGCUGUUAAAUUCAAUCAGGAAAUUAAACAAUGAUGAGAACGUGGACGGCCUCCUGGUUCAACUGCCACUCCCAGAGCACAUUGAUGAGAGGAAGAUCUGCAAUGCCGUUUCUCCUGACAAGGACGUUGACGGCUUUCACGUCAUUAACGUGGGGCGGAUGUGCUUGGACCAGUAUUCCAUGCUACCAGCAACCCCAUGGGGCGUGUGGGAGAUAAUUAAGCGAACUGGCAUCCCAACCUUAGGGAAGAACGUGGUUGUAGCUGGCAGGUCAAAGAACGUUGGGAUGCCGAUUGCAAUGUUAUUGCACACUGAUGGAGCACAUGAACGGCCCGGAGGUGAUGCCACAGUUACAAUAUCUCACCGAUACACUCCCAAAGAGCAGCUGAAGAAGCACACGAUCCUUGCGGACAUUGUGAUAUCUGCCGCCGGCAUUCCAAAUCUGAUCACAGCCGACAUGAUCAAGGAAGGGGCAGCAGUCAUCGAUGUGGGCAUAAACAGAGUUCAAGACCCUGUCACCGGAAAGCCCAAGUUGGUUGGAGAUGUAGAUUUUGAAGGAGUCAAGAAGAAAGCUGGUUACAUCACUCCCGUCCCCGGGGGUGUUGGUCCCAUGACGGUGGCCAUGCUAAUGAAGAACACCAUAAUUGCGGCCAAGAAAGUGCUGAGGCCUGAAGAGCUGGAGGUGCUGAAGCCCGAGCAGCGUGGAGUUGCCACCAACUAGAAGUGCUCCAUGCCAGUCUGAGAGGCAGCGUGGGCCAAGAGGAAUGCAGUAUUUUUAAUUUAUUCUGUUGAAAUGGUUUAAAAUGAUGUUUGUAUUUAUUGAAAGCUUAAACGGGUGGAUGUGUGUGUGUGCAUGGCUCUGCAGAACCUCACCAGGGUGCCCAUCCGAGGCCUGCCGUCGGCCUGGUGAUGCAUGGUGAUACACAUCCUCACACUGAGAGUGGAUGCUGAACGUCAUCGGAAAAACCUGCCUUUUCAGACGCUCAUUUCCCAAGUGCUAUUUCAAUACGGGUUGAUGACUCAUCUGAGGUUCCAAGCCUUCUGAGUUCAACUUUCAAACCAAAGGAAAACUAUCUAGAGAAAAAUAGGGGGAAGCAAGAAACGGCAGCAGAGUGGAGGACGGCUCUCCCUUACUUCCUGUGCACCCCGGUGCACCCCGCCCGGGUCGCGAGCAGGUUUCUCUGAGGAGAGCUCAGUUGGCUGGGUUGGUAGAGGAAAGCCCAGUGUGGCCAGCCGUCCCCCUGUGGCCGAGUCACUAGGGAAACUUUAGGAUUUCCUCACUGCCGUUUCCCUUCUGUGAGCUUGCCCUACUUCAGUCUUCUAGAACCACAGAGAUCAUUUUAUAAAUGAUGUAUGUAGUUGUCAUGUUUGGCUUUUGUGGCACAUUUAAAAACUUCAGACUGUUAGAGAUUGUGUGUCUGUUUUCUUUGGCAUAAGCUUUGAGGCCUACUAUUUGAAAAACAAAACUUGGGUGUGUUCAUCAUGAGGGCAGACUGUGUGAAACUCAACCUGCCACCAAAGAACUGACGGCAGCUGCCUGCAUGUCUUUCAUGUACCCUGUUGGCUUUCCUGAAAGGUAUCGAGGAGCUUGAGUUAAUAUAAGAUUUAAUCAGAUUUUCUUAUUGAAGGGUUUUGUUGCUGUUGUUGGUUUUGUUUUGUUUUUAAAUAAAACACAUCU